CCAUGAAGACGGCAGUCAGCUCGUCGUACUCUGUGUGCGUCGUCUGCAACCUGCAGAUGACGUCUGCUGCGCAAGCGCAGCUACAUCUUAAUGCUCGCUCGCACCUGCGCAGGCUGAGGAACAUCAAAGCGCAGGCACCAGGGGGCGGGCCACCUGUCCUCUUUCCCCAGGCUUCACGACUGCAGACAGCGAAUCACAACAGCCCCCCCCUCAGCUCUAACUCUGACAAUCCUUCUGGAAUGUCAGCGCUCACUCUGCAGUGUGGAAACUGGAUUAAACGAAAACAAAGUGGGUCAUCUUCAUUGUUUCUGACAUCAUCAUCCUCAGUUUUCGUCACUCUAUCUGAAGAGUGGAUCCUGGCAGGUUUCCCUCAGCCUCGACCAAAGACAGCAUUCUGUUCCCCUCGUGAACACUGGCAGUUCGAGGUCUAUCCAAUGCAUAAGGACCAUUUGAGCGUGUUCUUUAGGUUCACUUCCUGCUCCAUUCACAACAGCGGGAAAAUGGACGGACGCAAACACUGGGGCGCUAACAACACACGACUGAACAAUUACAACGCGAUGAAAAAUUUCGAAUUCACCAGAACGACGAGUGCGCCACUCGGCAGCGGCUCGAGUCGCUACAACAUCGACGUUAGCUUCCAGCGUUUCCCCAAAGACACCCACGGAGGCUGUCCUCGACCGAACAACAUAAAUACAGUGGAGGGAUUUUGUUGUUGCCCGGCACACGAAGGACGUAUGUGCCCCACCUUGGCAGCAGCCUUACCAGGCCUGAUAGGUGGUGCCGGAGGACAAAGUGGCAUAAUGAUGAAACCGUUCUUGCCUUUUCCUGUUGACAACACUGCUGCUCCACCUGCACUGCCUCCCAUUUUCCCAAACUUCAACAUGAUGGACCCCGUGCAGAAAGCAGUGAUCAAACAUACAUUUGGAGGGGUGGCCAAGACUAGUCAGAGAAAACAGCCAAUCAAGUGCAGCGUCUGCCAGCUCAGGUUCAACUCGGAUUCGCAGGCCCAGGCUCACUACCAAGGCAGUCGGCAUGCCAAGAAGGUGAAGAUGCAGAAGAACAACGAUGACAACAAGCUUUCAAUCAACACACACGCUAAUAACACCGGUGGUGCCCCUCCCGUAGCACUGGGCACCAAUCAGAACACAGACAACCAGGUUAGCCUGGGCUCCAAACGUAGCUCUGCUCCGGCCCCACUUCCUCUUCCUCAGGAAUCUCCUCCGACUUCAGAGUGGGAGACUGAGCAGGCCAAGAAGCUGCUCUACUGUUCGCUCUGCAAAGUUUCCGUCAACUCGGUCAUGCAGCUCCACGCCCACAAUUCAGGCACUAAGCACAAGACCAUGUUGGAUGCUCGUAGCAGCUCAGGUUCCAUUAAAGCGUUCCCGCGAGCUGGUGUGAAGGUGAAGUCCAGUCCCGGGGCUCUCGCCGGUCCACCGUUAAAGGGUUCCGGUCUGCAGAACAAAACUUUCCAAUGUCAGACCUGCAAUGUCCACGUCAACUCUGAGAUUCAACUUAAGCAGCACAUCUCCAGCAGAAGGCACAAAGACCGUGUGGCAGGAAAGCCGAUCAAGCCCAAAUUCAACAAAAGUCAACACAUGGAGAUGACCAGGCCUCCACUGUCCUCCUCCAUUGUCCCAUCCUCUGAUUGGUCCUCAUCUUCCUUCCUCCAUCCUGCGCCUGGACCAAUCAGAGCGAGCCAGGGCUCCUCCAUCCUUUUUUCGCCCUACUAAAGCAAGAAAUCCUCCUAAAAAGAACAACAGGUUUGGAGGUUCUUCCUCUUCUGCCUGACUCGUCGUCCAUGGUGUAAUGUCAUCCAACUGUCGUCCAAUUAUCGUGCGGGACUUCAAGAACAAAACUUGCUGAAGCACCUCGGACUACUUCCAGCUCCCCCUGGACUUAACAAAUUGACCCAUGCAAGCGCUGGCCGCUAAUUUUAGCAUUGUUAACUCACACAAACACUAGCCACAAGAAUUUUCACUAAUACAAUGGUGUGCUUUUUUUUUUUUGGCUGGCAGUGACAGUUUGAUGAAAACAAUUGAUUUGUUUUGUUUUUUGGUUUUAAAACAAUUUUAUCUUCUCACUGUGUGGACCAGAUAUGUAGAAGUUAGCAUUAGCAUUGUUAUGGAUUGAUUGGUUGAAUGUUUUGUGAUUGACAUUUAAUAAAUUUAAUUAAUUACGUCACCCUGAAUAGCUGGGCUGAAACCUGUCCAAAUUUGGUUACAGUGGAUCUAUGCAUGUUCGUGGUUCCUCCUUGUUUUAGUUCCUUUUUAUUUAUUUUUGUUUUUCCAACUGAUUUUUAUGGAAACCGCUUAUUGCCAAUAGGUAUAUUCUCAGUUAUUAAAAAUUGCUUGGGUUGGAAAAAAAAUCUCAUUGCCAUUAUAUUGGGCGGCAGUUAUUUGUAGAUUUUCACCCAUCACGGUCAGGCCCAAUCUGUACUCGCUGUGAAUAGUGGAACUCCACUGUAUUUCCUUUUUUUUUUUUUUUUUUUUUUUUUUUAAACAAAUCGAGGUUAUUGCUUAGUCUCCACGUAGUGUUAUUUAAAAAAAAAUGAUCAGUAAAACUUAAGUAUUGAAAAUGGCUAGCUCUCUUGUGUUCGUGACUCCUCCCAACCUCCCACCCACCCCCACAAUUUCCUUAAAAGUAAUGUUUCUAUAUGCAGUCUUGAUAAUGAUGC